UCUGGUUAAAGAGAGAUAAAAUAAAAAAUAAACAAAUUUCCCGCUCAUAACUUGUAAUAGUUAGUUCUCAUUACGAUUUUAUUGUGAUGAUUGUUUUUCAUUUUUUUCAAAUUUGCUAAGUGAAUUUAUUAAUGUCUACGUUUUUGUAUUUUUUCUAAGUCGGGGAUAAAAGUUUUUUUCUGUUUAGAUAUUUGCUUAAAGAAAUCGCCAUGGAUACGUCUUCAUCUACAAUAGAAAAUCCGACAUUAAUUGAUGUCAGCGAUGUAAUUAACAUAUUGAAUAAUCUUCAAUUAUCCAUUAUCCCUCAAGAUUAUGUGGAUGAAGUUAUGAAUAGUCAAUAUUGUAACUACAAAUUUCCAGAAUCAUAUGAAUCAAUUGUAAUGUCAGAUAUUAAUUUUUCAUCUAUUAUUAAUGAGUCUUGUGAGUUACUAAAUAUUUAUUUACGCAAACAACCAUCAAUGCAUAUAUUAUGGGAACAGUUUAUUAAUGAUAUUACGUAUUGUGUAAACCCUAAAUCAUUAAGUUGUUUACUUAAUUGUUAUAUUCAAAAUGGCAUUGAAGAUAUAUCUGAUUAUAGUGCCAGGAAAAAUGGAUUGUCUGCAACUCGUUUAUUUUUCUUAGCUUCAACAUUUAAGGGAAGUACAAAUAUUGGAUUUUUUCAUUCAUAUAUUCUUACUAAAUGUUUAGAAUUAAUUAAGUUAUGUGUUGUUAUGUUAAACAAUUCAGAUGAUGUAGAGAAUCGUGAUAAAACCUUCGAUGAAGAUAAAAAAAAAGAUUUAAUAUCUGAUUUAUUGGCUAUUAUACGAGACAUAGGAAUUAUGGUCAAAAGAUUUCAAUUUUCUGAUGAAAUCAGCUCUUUAAAUUUAAUUAUAGAUAUAAUGGUAGAUGUAACACGUUUGGAAGUUUUUGGUAAUAUUUUAGAACAAUUACCUUCUGAAAUUAUAAGCUAUGGUACAUUAGCAUUUAAUGCAUACUCUGUUUUAUUGGAUAUGUUUAAUGAAAAUUGUGGUACAACAUUCGAUAUAAGCAAAAAUAUUAUGUAUCAUUUACUUCCAGGUUUAUUAAUUGAUGAACAACGUAAAAUGCACUUGAGUAAUAAAAAAUUUAAUGUAGUUCGUGACCAUCAUUUGUCAUUUGUCUGUAAAUUAACUAAAAAAUUAGGAGCUUCAUUUGACGGAACAUUAGAAAUACUCCUGCAUCAUUUGUUAAAUCGAGGGCCUGAUCGUAGUGAAUUAAAACCUCGUCAAUUUCAAAUCAUACUUGAAAUUUGGAGAUUAUGCUCAAAUAAUGUUCGAAUAAAAAUUAAAUUCUAUAUAUUGACAUUGGUAUAUAAUGUAGAUGCUAAAAUACGUGCUGUAGCAUUGGAAACUUUAUUCAAAUUACUAUCAGAACCUGAAGAAACUGAAUCUGAUGAUCCUGAUUUACUACAGUUGAUGCCUGCUACUAAACAUGAAUUCAUUGUUGCUGUCAUUCUUUCUAAAUUUCAAGAUUCAUUGUUAACAGUUAGAGCUAAAGCAUUUUCAUUAUUUGCCGCAUUAACAGCAGGUCCCCCAAGUGCAACAGCACAUCAAACAGCAUUAGUAAAACGUGUGCUUGUUGAUCCUUAUCUUGAAGUUGAAGAUUUAAAGGAAUCAUCUUUUUCUAAAAAAUAUUUCUUCGAAUUUUAUCCCUAUGUAAAAAACAAUAUGGCAGAUUUUGAUCAAAAUAAUAUUAAAAAUUCAAUAAUUUACCCGGGUUCUAAUAUAUUAUUGUGGGUUUUAAAUGUACAUGCUCAUGAUGAGCGAGCUCAUAUUCGACGUCUAAGUGUUACACUUUUGUGUAAUGUAUUUAGAACAAAUAUAAAAUUUCUACAGAUACCAUAUUUGAAAUUAUUGGUACAUAGUUGUUCAGACUGUGCAAUAACUAUUAGAAAAGUGAUAGUUUCUGGGUUAACUGAUUUAUUAUUAAAAUAUCCAAAUAAUCAAAAUGUGCUAAAAUAUUGGUUUAAAGGAUUAAUCCAUUUAGUUGGUGAUCGAGACAAAAAAAUUCAAGAAUUGGCCAUUGAAUGUAUGAAUCGAGUGAUUUUACAAAAUAUUAAACCAUAUUCUGCAAAACUGAUUAAUGAUAAGGAUCCAAUAGAUUGCUUACCUUGGCUUGUUUUAGAUAAUGCUUUAAAUGAACCAGUAGGCAAAUACAUGAUGUGUUUAUGUGAAAAGUGGCAUAUUAAUGGAUUCCUUACAGCUACUAUCAUUAAGGACAUUAUAACUUAUAUAGAUUCACCUAAUAAUGAAUGGAAUGUGCACAGUUUAUACUUAAUACAAUUAAUAUCUCAUCAAGUAACAAUUAAAGAUAUAUUACCAAUUUUUACUUAUUUUAACAUGAAUUUUGAUUCAUGGUUUUCAAAUGAUUUAGAUCUAGCCAAACAGAACAUUUUACAAACAAAUGCACAAAUGGUUAUCGAUAUACUAUUUUUAAACCAGCAAUGUUUAGAUAAAGAUAUAAAGUUAUGGUUGUUAAAUAAAUUUGAAGACCUUGUAUUAAAUUUUAAAAUACCAAUUCGUCUUAUAUCAAAGUCUUUGGAUUUAUAUAUAGUUUUACUAUCAGAUAAUCGACAACAGCUCAAUAAAAAUUUUAAUACUUUAUUUUUUACUAUUUGUAAUUCUAUUGAAACGUCUUCAAUUGUAAAUAAUGAAGAAAUGUUAAUGCGAUAUAUAUAUACACUUGGGGAUAUAGGUUUAUUACAACAUUUUAAAGUUGCACACAAAUUUCAAAAAUAUCUGCUAGGCUAUUUGAAAGGAAAUGACCAAUCCAUUUCUUCAGCUUUUCAAACAAUUGUUGUUUUAACAAUUGGCAAAUUAAGUAUUGUUGAUGAACAAUUUGCAAAAGAUGCAAUAGCUGCAUUUGGAGAAGUAUUAAAAAAUCCUAAUUAUCACCCAUCAACAAAAAUUAAUGCAUUAACUGCUUUAGCUGAUUUAUGUUUGCGUUGUUCAACAUUAGUGGAACAAGCUAUUCCAGAAAUGUGUGUCUGUUUAAAAGCUGAAAAUAUUACUGUUAAACGAGCAGCACUUAAACUACUUACUGGCUUAAUACUUGAAGAUUAUAUAAAACUUCGGAAUAUAGUUUUCUUUGCUUUGUUAUGCAUGCUUGAAGACUCUGAUCACCAAGUGCGUGAAGAAACUUCAUCUUUUAUUGUCAACUACUUACUGAUUAAAAAUAAAAAUAUCAUGGAGAGAAAAUUAGUCGAAGUGAUUUUUCAUUUUAACGGUUAUUUAGGAGUACGAGCCUGUCCUGUAGAGGAUUGUUUUACUAAAGGGGAUAUGAAAGCAUAUUUUUCAAUGGAAGGUGACUUAAAAAGAUCAUCACGCCAUUGUGUUUAUAGGUUCAUGUUAACUCAUAUGAUGGAUGAAAAUAAAUUGAAACUUACGGUGAAGAUAUUUAAAAUUUUUGAUGAAAUCAUUAAGGAAGUCAAGACUACAGACAAUAAUGAAGUUAAAGAAUGUGCUAGACAAGUAAUGAAAGACUCAAUUUGGAUUCUAAAAGCCAAAGAAAUGGCUCUUACAUCGGGAAAACCGCGUGAUAGCAAUAAUGAUGAUGAUCCAGAAACUAUAGAAAAAGUAGUAGACUUUGCCAAAAAUGAAGUAAUUUUGAAAACUUAUCAAACGGUGAUUAGUGAUUAUGUAAUACCUGGUGUGUUUAAGAUAAAAUAUGAAUUAGAAAAAAACAAAAAAAUGUUACCUACUGUAAUGAAUGAUUUACUUGCAUAUUUGUGUGUACUUACAUCGGGAAAAUCACCUAUAAAACAGCAUAUUAUUGACCUAUUAUCAUCUGAUAGUGAUUUACUUACUGAAAUUUUACAUGAAAAUAAAAAAUUGAAACAACAUAAACAACAGCCAGGCAUUGAAAGUGAUGUUGGAGAAUGUGAUUCUGAAGAUAAUGAUGAUGAAGAAAAAAAAAAUCAACAUUUGCUUACAGAAAUUGGUUAUGUAUUUUGGCAAGUUUCUGCUUCUGCAUAAAAUGUAUUAAUUUGUAAUAUGUUUUAAAAAUCAAAAUAUUGUAUUAUA